AGUGUUGAAACCUCACUUUCAGUUAGCGCAGAGCCGUCAGAGACAGAACAACCUUAAAACUCAAUAGAAGGAGACAUCGAGGGAGGAAGGAACCGGAUCUUAGAUUCAAUUAGACUAUUUUGAAUCCGGCGUGUUUCAGGGUUUAGGCUUGAGAAGGAGAAGAAGAUACUUAGCUUUGUUCCUUUUUAUGGCAUCGGAGGAUGCGAAGAGGAGUGAAGGGGUUAAGGCUCCGAGCAAUGCCGUAAUCGGGAUCUGCAAGUCUUUGAUCGCCGGUGGCGUUGCCGGCGGAGUGUCGAGAACUGCUGUUGCUCCGUUGGAGAGACUGAAGAUUUUACUACAGGUUCAAAAUCCACACAGUAUAAAGUACAAUGGGACAGUUCAAGGAUUGAAGUAUAUAUGGAGGACCGAAGGCUUCCGUGGAUUGUUUAAAGGGAAUGGUGCUAACUGUGCUCGUAUUGUUCCUAACUCUGCCGUCAAGUUCUUCAGCUACGAGCAGGCUUCCAAGGGGAUACUCUACCUCUACCGGCAGCAAACAGGGAACGAUGAUGCUCAGCUCACACCUCUUCUACGGCUUGGAGCUGGAGCUUGUGCCGGAAUCAUUGCCAUGUCAGCCACUUAUCCUAUGGACAUGGUGCGGGGUAGACUCACUGUCCAGACAGACAAAUCUCCUUAUCAAUACAGAGGAAUGGUCCAUGCACUAUCCACAGUCCUGCGUCAGGAAGGACCAAGAGCCUUGUACAGAGGAUGGCUUCCAUCUGUAAUUGGAGUUGUUCCCUACGUAGGCCUUAACUUUGCAGUCUACGAGUCUCUAAAAGACUGGCUGGUCAAAUCAAAACCUUUUGGGAUAAUCGACAACAACAACUCGGAGCUUACGGUGACAACAAGACUCGCAUGUGGAGCCAUCGCUGGAACAAUGGGCCAAACCGUUGCAUACCCACUUGACGUAGUUCGUAGAAGAAUGCAGAUGGUUGGGUGGAAAGACGCUUCAUCGGUUAUCACAGGUGAUGGUAGAGGCAAAGCUCCAAUAGAGUAUUCUGGAAUGGUUGAUGCGUUUAAGAAAACGGUUAGACAUGAAGGCGUUGGAGCAUUGUACAAGGGUUUGGUCCCUAACUCCGUCAAGGUAGUGCCAUCGAUAGCAAUAGCGUUUGUGACGUACGAGAAGGUUAAGGACAUACUAGGAGUUGAGUUCAGGAUAUCAGAUUGAAAGAAGAAGGAAGAAAGGAAAGGAGGAGACAAGAGAGUUCACGUGAUUUAUUAUAUUUUUUAAUCUUAGAUUUAAGAUUUCUGAUUUUAUGUAUUGCGCCAAUAAUAAUAACUAAUAAUCAAAAUUGAAACUCAGGAGCAAAUAGAUAUUCAAAAUUGAAU